GUCAGCUCCUCGGCCCAGUAGCCUCUCCUCCUCCCUUCUCCACCUCCUCCUCCUUCACCCAGAGGCAGACAGACUCUCUGCCGCGCUCGAUGUGGUUGAGACUGAGCUCCAAAACCCGAGUAACUUUACUUCACUGAGGCUCAUUCAUCGGACCGUUCAGCUAACGGAUCAGCUACAAAGAAGGGGUCUUUUCCUUCUGCGCACGAGACACGUUUUGGUAUCAACACGCGGGCUGCUCACUGAAUCUCUGAUUCCAGCUUACUAUCGGUGUAAUUAGUGAGUUAUUACAGAAUGGCUGAUACAAACGCGUCCGGCCCGACCUGCCUGGAGAGGCUGAAAAGUUACGUGAAGACGUCGAAAGGACUCAUGCUCGCUUCCGAAAUCGUCAUCAGUUUCAUUAUCAUCAUCUGCUAUGCUGCCUCUUCAGCUGGAGGCUUUUCCACUUUGGCCAUCUGUGAGAUGAUCUUCGCAAUGGUCUUCUUCGGCAUCUUCAUGAUGGAGCUGGACAAACAGUUCCUAAUGGUCAACUGGAUGUGGAGCGAUCUUUUCCGGGCUGGAAUCGGCGCUGUGCUUUACAUCAUCACGUCUCUUAUUUGUGUGAUUGGAGGAUCUGGGGACGGAGCUCGUAUAGCAGGCGGGGUGUUCGGCCUGAUCGCUGGUCUGCUGUUUGCUUAUGACACCUACACCAUCUUCCUGCAAAUCAAGGCCACCAGGCAGCACACAGCAGCUGCCACCGAUGACAGAGUUUAAACACUCCAACACACCUGCCAAGCUCUGUCAAGACGGCAGCAGAAGUGGAUUUUUUUUUUUGCAGUUAACGAAAGAGCGGAUAAGAGAGGACAAUGGACAGUAAAAGGAACAGGUCACAGUUUAAACAAAGGCACUGCAUGGUGGGAAGAGACGACAGAUAUCUUAAGCCCAGGGUGAUUCAUUGAGAGCGAACGGCACCGUCCAUCUGCGCCUUUCACAUGAGAAAUUCCCCUGACAAGCCUCCACCAAAACCUCAACGUACCACCGAGUCAAACAGGGAAACUGUAAAUACUAAAGGCAAUGGUGUGAUGUCAUCAACAGCUUGUCUAAUACACAUGUCUACUGUUAAUGGACUGCUGUAGUUAUAGUAACUGUGUCAGUGGGACUUAAGAGGUAACUGACACAUGAAUAGGUGCUUUACCAAUUGUUUAACAUCAUUAUAAUGCAUUUGAAAGUGUUCUCUGUAUUUUCACUGAAAUUUCUAAGCUGGCCAAACUUUUUCUUCACUCUUAAUUUGAAUUAUUUCUCUUUAGUUUAUGUUUUAGAGCCUUCUUAUCUCAUUUAAUGUAACCAGUCACUUCAUCUUUGAAUUGGCCUGAUGUCGUUAAUUAGCAUACUCAUUUUACUCGUCAGAACUUAGUCUGCACUGUACAUGUCCAUUAACCAUCAAACACAUGUUCAGUGCUUGAAUUACGGUGUCAUCCUCCAGUUUUAGUUCUUCCUCAGGUUGAAGGUUUUUUGUCUUUUACAUGUCUAACACCCUUUUUAAGGUGCAGAACAUUUCCGUAGGGAUUUUGUACAGAGGUACAUGUUGAAGUUCAUUUUGAUGAAGAUAAAUAUUUCUAAAACAAAAACUACAUAGUUGUAAAAGUAGUAUGUGACUAUCACAAGCACAUUCUCUAACUGUUUCGUCUACCCUCUCAUGGUAUGGUGAAGUGUCCAAUGAAAACAUUGCCUUAUAAUUGUUUUUCUAACAUGCUUACAAGAGUCUGCAGUUUGUAACUACGGAUUCAAAGCAGCCUUACUUUGGGAAAUAAAAGCCAUUUUUAAGACAAA